GAUAUAGAGAAGGAAGGGAAGUGAGCAAGCACAGACGCUGGCAGCCAUCAGAAGUUCAAGCCUCUUUGACAACAGGAGGCGAGAAGAAAGGACAGAAGUGGUUCUGGCUGCAAUGGGGCUCUUACUGGGCCUCCUGCUCCUGGACCACCUAACAGUGGUCGCCUAUGGCCAUCCCAUCCUGGAAGCACCUGAGAGUGUGAUAGGGCCUUGGAAAGGAGAUGUGAAUAUUCCCUGCACCUAUGGUUCUCUGCAAGGCUACACUCAAGUCUUGGUAAAGUGGCUGGUACAACGUGGCUUGGACCCAGUCACCAUCUUCCUACGUGAUUCCUCUGGAGACCAUAUCCAGCAAGCAAAGUACCGGGGCCGUCUGCAAGUGAACCACAAGGUUCCAGGAGAUGUGUCCCUCCAACUGAAUACCCUGGAGAUGGAUGACCGGAGCCACUACACAUGUGAAGUCACUUGGCAGACCCCUAAUGGCAACCAAGUGGUGAGAGAUAAGAUCAUUGAGCUCCGUGUCCAGAAACUCUCUGUUUCCAAGCCCACAGUGACGACUGGCAGUGGCUAUGGCUUCACAGUGCCCCAGGGAAUGAGGAUUAGCCUUCAAUGCCAGGCUUGGGGUUCUCCUCCCAUCAGUUAUGUUUGGUACAAGGAACAGACCAACAAUCAAGAACCCAUCAAAGUAGCAGUCUUGAGUACCUUACUCUUCAAGCCUGCCGUGGUGGCUGACUCGGGCUCCUAUUUCUGUACUGCCAAGGGCCGGGUAGGCUCUGAGCAGCGCAGCAACAUUGUGGAGUUUGUGGUCAAAGAUUCCUCAAAGCCACUCAAGGCUAAGACUGAAGCACCUACAACCAUGAAAUCUCCUUUGGAAGCAACUUCUACAGUGAACCUGAUUUGGAACUGGACCACUGAAGUGGAUGGCUACCUUGGGAAGACCAGUGCUGAGCCAGGAAAGGGCCUGCCUGUCUUUUCCAUUGUUCUCAUCAUUUCCCUGUGCUGUAUGGUGGUCUUCAUCAUGGCUUAUGUUAUGCUCUGCCGGAAGACAUCCCAACAAGAGCAUGUCUACGAAGUGGCCAGGUCUUUUCUGAUUUGUUUAGAGUAUAUUUUCUGGGGACAUUGUUACCCUGUUAGCAUUUUGUUCUCUCACUCAUCUAUUCUCCUCUGGACAAAAGGACAAGACAGAAAAAAGAACAAAAGGCAGUGCUGACUGCCAGGGACCUACUCAAUAUGGACAUUAGUACGAUGUCAGAACUAGAGUUCAGAAUGAUGAUUUUAAAGAUACUACCUGGGCUUGAAAAAAGCAUGGAAGUUAUUAGAGAAACCCUUUCUGGAGAAAAAAAAAAGAACUAAAAUCUAACCAAGUCAAAAUAAAAAAAUGUCAUUAAUGAGGUGCAAUAAAAAAUGGGUGCUCUAACUGCUAGGAUAAAUGAGGCAGAAGAGAGAAUUAGUGAUAUAGAAGACCAAAUGAUGGAAAAUAAAGAAGCUGACAAAAACAGAGAUAAACAACUACUGGAUCACGAGGGCAGAAUUUGAGAGAUAAGUGAUACCAUAAGAUGAAACAACAUUAGGAUAAUUGGGAUCCCAGAAGAAGAAGAAAGAGAGAGAGGGGCAGAAGGUAUAUUGGAGAAAAUUAGAGCAGAGAACUUCCUUAAUUUGGGGAAGGAAACAGGCAUCAAAAUCCAGGAGAACCCCUCUCAAAAUCAAUAAAAAUAGGUCAACACCCUGACAUCUAAUAGUAAAACUUACGAAUUUCAGAGACAAAGAGAAAAUCCUGAAAGCAGCUUGGGAGAAGAGAUCUGUAACCUACGGUGGUAGAAACAUUGGAUUGGCAACAGACCUAUCCACAGAGACCUGGCAGGCCAGAAAGGACUGGCAGGAUAUAUUCAGAGCACUAAAUGA